GGAGGCUGGAAGCGCCGGAGGAGCCCCUCUUCGUGCGCAGCGAUGCUGGUGAGCGGGAUUGCACGGGGGGAGCCUCAAAACAAAGGAUACAUCUGGGGUGUCAAGUCUGACUGAGAACCAUCUGAAGUAUCACUGGAAAAAGCUGAGGAGCAGAUGCAGGAGCAGAGACUGAGGAGUCAAGAUGGAGCAAAGAGACAAGAGGAGCGACAGAUGCACACAGGGGACAAACCUUAUAAAUGCUUGGAGUGUGGAAAGAGCUUCAGUUGGAGUAGCACCCUUAGGGAACAUGAAAGAACUCACACAGGGGACAAACCUUAUAAAUGCUUUGAGUGCGGAAAGAGCUUCAGUAAGAGUAGCUACCUUACUUCGCAUCAAAGAAUUCACACAGGGGACAGACCAUAUCAAUGCUUGGAGUGUGGAAAAAGCUUCAGUCAGAGUGGCCACCUUUCUUCACAUCACAGAACUCACACAGGGGACAAACCUUAUAAAUGCUUGGAAUGUGGAAAGAGCUUCAGUCGAAGUGGCAACCUUACUUUGCAUCAAAGAACUCACACAGGAGACAAACCUUAUGAAUGCAUGGCGUGUGGAAAGAGCUUCAGUCAGAGUGGCCACCUUACUUUGCAUCAAAGAACUCACACAGGGGACAAACCUUAUACAUGCUUGGAGUGUGGAAAGAGCUUCAGUCAGAUUAACACCCUUAGGGAACAUGAAAGAACUCACACAGGGGACAAACCUUAUAAAUGCUUGGAGUGUGGAAAGUGCUUCAGUUGUAGUCGCGCCCUUACUUCACAUCAAAGAACUCACAUAGGGGACAAACCUUAUAAAUGCUUGGAGUGUGGAAAGAGCUUCAGGUGGAGUAACAAACUUACUUCGCAUCAAAGAACUCACAAAGGGGACAAACCUUAUAAAUGCUUGGAGUGUGGAAAAAGCUUCAGGUGGAGUAGCAACCUUACUUUGCAUCACAGAAGUCAUACAGGGGACAAAACUUAUACAUGCAUCAAGUGUGGAAAGAGCUUCAGUCAGAGUAGCUACCUUACUUCGCAUCAAAGAACUCACACAGGGGACAGACCUUAUAAAUGCUUUGAGUGUGGAAAGAACUUCAGUCACAGUGGCACCCUUACUUCGCAUCAAAGAACUCACACAGGGGACAAACCUUAUAAAUGCAAGGAGUGUGGAAAGAGCUUCAGGUGGCGUUCUGCCCUUACUUCGCAUCAAAGAACUCACACAGGGGACAAACCUUAUAAAUGCAAGGAGUGUGGAAGGAGCUUCAGUGACAGUAGCGCCCUUAUUUCACAUCAAAGAACUCACACAGGUUACAAACCUUAUAAAUGCUUGGAGUGUGGAAAGAGCUUCAGUCGGAGUAACACCCUUACUUUGCAUCAAAGAACUCACACAGGGGACAAACUUUAUAAAUGUUAUGAGUGUGGAAAGAACUUCAUGUGGAGUAGUGCCCUUACUUCGCAUCAAAGAUGUCACACAGGGGACAAACCUUAUAAAUGCUUGGAGUGUGGAAAGAGCUUCAGUCAGAGUAGCCACCUUACUUCACAUCAAAGAACUCACACAGGGGACAAACCUUAUGAAUGCUUGAAGUGUGGAAAGAGAUUCAGUCGGAGUGACCGACUUAUUUUGCAUCAAAGAACUCACACAGGGGACAAACCUUAUAGAUGCCUGGAGUGUGGAAAGACCUUCAGUCAGGGUGGAAACCUUACUUUGCAUCAAAGAAGUCACACAGGGGACAAACCUUAUAAAUGUUUGGAGUGUGGAAAGACCUUCAGGUGGAGUAGCACCUUUACUCAACAUCAAAGAAUUCACACGGGACAUACCUUAUAAAUCUUUAGAGUGUGGAAAGAACUUCAGUGACAGCCACACCCUUACUUCGCAUUACAAAACUCAUAUAGGGGACAAACCUUAUCAAUGUUUUGCAUGUGGAAAGAGCUGUAGUUGGAUUAGCGCCUUUACUCAACAUCAACAGGGGACAUACCUUAUAAAUGCUUGUAGUGUGGAAAGAGCUUCAGUCAGAGUAGCUACCUUACUUCGCAUCAAAGAACUCACACAGGGGACAAACCCUAUAAAUGUUUUGAGUGUGGAAAGAGCUUCAGUUGGAGUACCGCCUUUACUUCGCAUCAAAGAACUCACACAGGGGACAGACCUUAUAAAUGCUUUGAGUGUGGAAAGAACUUCAGUCAGAGUGGCACCCUUACUUCGCAUCAAAGAACUCACACAGGGGACAAACCUUAUAAAUGCUUGUAGUGUGGAAAGAGCUUCAGUCAGAGUAGCUACCUUACUUCGCAUCAAAGAACUCACACAGGGGACAAACCCUAUAAAUGUUUUGAGUGUGGUAAGAGCUUCAGUUGGAGUACCGCCUUUACUUCGCAUCAAAGAACUCACACAGGGGACAAACCUUAUAAAUGCAAGGAGUGUGGAAAGAGCUGCAGUCAGAGUGGCACCCUUACAUUGCAUCAAAGAACUCACAGAGGGGACAAACCAUAUCAAUGCUUGGAGUGUGGAAAGAGCUUCAGUCGGAGUAGUGCCCUUACUUCGCAUCAAAGAUGUCACACAGGGGACAAACCUUAUAAAUGCUUUGAGUGUAGAAAGAGCUUUAGUCAGAGUAGCAACCUUUCUUCGCAUCAAAGAACUCACACAGGAGACAAACCUUAUACCUGCUUGUAGUGUUGAAAGACCUUUCAUCAGAAUGGCUACCUUCAGGCACAUCAAAGGAUCCGUUCAAAGGAAGAGAUGUAUAGAUGCUUUGAAUUUGGACAAAGCUUUAAGCGGAGUUCAACUCUUUCUGUGCAUCAAUGGAUCCAUAUGGGGAAGCCAGGCUACCAACAGGAUUUUUAUGGGGAGUUUCAGACCCCUGACAAUCUUCUUCUCUUAGCUUAACCACAGACUGUUAUACUUCCCUUCACCCAGGGCUGUGAAGUCAGAAUCGUGAAGUGGGAGUGGGAGUCGGAAGUAAUUUUGGUUGGAGUUGCAGUCUGUAGAAAUGUAUUGACUCCGACUCCGGCUUCAAAAUAAAAUUAAUAUUUUAAUAGAAUAGUUACA